AUGUUCCCGGCAAAAUCAAAAUCAGGUCAACCUGCGGCGAAAUUUGGUCGGAGAGGCGUCCUCAUGAUCAACGCGCCUAGCCCACUUGAAUGGUGUGAGGAGCAGAUGAUGAGCGGGGACAUGGGGAUUUUCGCGUCCCGCGCUGGGCCUAAUGCGUGCUGGCACCCGGCGUGUUUUGUGUGUUGCGUCUGUAAGGAGCUCCUCGUCGACCUGAUCUACUUCUGGCGAGCCAACAAGCUUUACUGCGGCCGCCACCACGCCGAAACGCUCAAGCCACGCUGUUCCGCUUGCGAUGAGAUAAUCCUGGCGGACGAGUGCACGGAAGCAGAGGGACGGGCCUGGCAUAUGAAACACUUCGCGUGUCUGGAGUGCGAUCGGCAGCUUGGCGGGCAACGCUACAUCAUGCGUGACGGGAGACCCUACUGCCUCCAUUGUUUCGACGCCAUGUUCGCCGAGUACUGCGACUCUUGCGGAGAGCCCAUCGGAGUUGACCAUGGUCAAAUGAGCCACGAAGGACAACACUGGCACGCGACGGAGCAAUGCUUCUGCUGUCACACGUGCCGGGCGGCGCUCCUGGGUCGACCGUUCGAGCGGAGUUCAAUCGUCGACAUCGGCAGAAGUCGAAUUCGAAAAAAGGGCAGUCGUCGACUCGAAGCGAACGGGUCGAAUGGUUCCGCGAACUGCCGCGAAUGUCAUGAACAUUCGCCGGGGCGAGUUCGGACGAGUUUGUUAUUGUUUCUCAUUAAACUAACCCCUUUUGAGGACAUUAGUAAUAGUAAAGUAAUAGUACAUCUACCUAUUUAUUAG